CUCAUCUAUAUUGUAACAUCUACAGACAAUAAUGAAAUUAACCAUGAGUGUUCUCACUGCCCUUUUUUUCCUUGCUAUAGCGAUCAUCAAUCAUGGCUUCUGCAAUGGAAGCACUCACAUGGGUUGCAUUGAAAGUGAAAGACAAGCACUUUUAAGGUUCAAGCAGGAUCUCAUUGAUUCUUCCAACCGCCUCGCCUCUUGGACUGCUGCUGAUGGAUAUUGUUGCACAUGGACUGGUGUUAUCUGCGACAACUUCACCGGUCAUAUAAUUGAGCUCCACCUCGGAACUUAUGAUCACAGGACAAAGUUUGGCGAGUUUGGCAGUGGAGGAGUUGUUGAUCAUGGUAAUGAAGAUGAAGUUGAUUGGUUCUAUGUUAGUAUGGCACCUGGAUUUGUGGUGGGCUUCUGGAGCAUAAUAGGUCCUCUUGCUAUUAACAAACAAUGGAGGUAUAAGUAUUGUCACUUUUUGAAUUGGCUCGGUUACAAAAUUAGCAGUGUUGUGCAAAAAUUUUGGUAAAGCCUUUUUGUUUGUUGUGGCUGUAGUUGUUUUGCUACUUUAAUCAUCCAAUGUUGUAAUACAAUAAUAACAAGGGCUUUUUGUGUACGUGUUUAGUUAAAAAUAGUACAUUGUAUACACAUUAAUGUUUGGCUAAGUAAAUUAUCAGCAGAUGCCUCAGCGAUUGAUUGUUCAAAGAGAA